AUGAAGUGUUUAAUAAAUGUGUACAUAUUUCUUGUUUUGUGUUAUAAUCAUGUUUUGUGUUUUGAAACAGCAAACCAGGCCGCAAAUGAUAUUCGGGAGUUUAUUCGUAUCAUAAAACGAGAGAAAGAACAAAUUCUUUCAAAACGUAUUAAUUUUGUUGAUGACGAGGUGAUGUCAAUUGACGACUAUUUAUCAACUAUUAGUAAAACAAAUAGCAGAAAAAACAAAGGUUCUAAAGGAGCUGAAUAUAUGGAUAAUACUGAACUAAUUACAGAACAAAAUGUUUUCGAAGUAUCAAGUUUGUUGAACUCAAUCAUUUCAUGUGAGUAUUGCGAUUUUUUGUUUAAUAUUAUUGAUAUAGUAAAUUUAAGUUUAAAUAACUAUAAACAAAUUAAAAACGACGUUCUUUCAAAAAAUAAUGCAAAUAAAAAGAAAAAUAUUGCAAAUUUGAUGCGCAACGAAAACAAAACAGCGCUUGCCCAGUAUGUAAAUUAUCGAACGCCAAUAUUAACAUCAGUGAUAAAAAUGUUAGAGAAAAUUGCUUUUGUAUUAGUCAAACUAUUAAAAUAUACGAAAAAUUUUGUAUCUAAGAAACACGGUAUUUUGAAAAUAUUACUAUCAUUAUAUUUAUACUUGAAUAGAGAUAUAAAUUUACCAUUGUACUUGUCGGACAUCGAUGCUCGUAUUGAUACUUCGAAAAAAAUUAUUUUUCAAGUAUACCAACAAUUAAUUGAAUACAAAAUAAAAAAUUGUAUACUUCACUUAAAUUAUAUUACCGGGAAGACCUUGACAAUACAACGCGUGCCCACUAUUGACUUAAUUCAAUUAAAUAAUGAAGUAAAUAAAAUAUCGAAUUUUCAAACUUCGGAUGAUCCUAAAUUCUUUAUACUAUCAAACAAUAAACCAGAAGAUAAAACGAGUUCAAUUAAUAAAAUAAUACAAAUGAUUAAUUGUACAAACCAUGAUAAAAAAGCAGAGAUCAAGUGGGAAGGUCGAUUAAAAGAUAUAAAAACAAUUUAUACAGUUGAUAUUAAAACAAGUUUUGACAUAAAAACUGUUCUGAGAUUUGAAAAAUUAAUAUUGAAAAAGAUCAUCGACAUAAUUUAUUCAUUUAUAUUUGAUAUAUUAAAUUCUAUAUUCAAAUAUUCUAAUGGGGAAUUAUCAUUGAUUUAUAAAUUAAUAUAUAAAAUUGAAAAUUAUAUUACUAAAUUUAAAAAUGAAGGCCAAUCAUUUUAUUUAGUAGAUAGUAUAAUUUUUAUUAAACAUAAAUUAUGGAUUUUAUCAUUGCAUAGGGCUAUUAUUAGUAAUUCGGGCUAUGAUUAUCUUCAAGAUUUCUCACAACCAAUACAACAAUAUUUUAAAAAUGACAAAUUUAAAUUAAAAGAUGAAUUAGGCGAUUAUUCAAGUUUGGACAGAUGUUUUGAACACAUAAAAGAUACCGUUAUUUAUACGGAAUUACAUCCGGUUAUUUCAAAUGUAUAUUGGGAAAAACCGUUUUUUUCUCUUCUUGAGAUAUCUAAUCUUGUCAUGGAUUAUAAAACUUUGUACUUUCCGCAGACCUUUCGUAAAUUUAACGAUGAAGACGAUGUGUGUUUGGUAUUAGAAAAAACAUUGGUGGAAAUAUCGGAUGAUACCAUAUUUGAUUGUUACAACCAUAGCAUAAAUCCAAAAACACCAAAAGAAUUAAUGGAACAUUGCUUUAAACGAUUUCAUGAAAUGCUCGAGUCUGUAAUACUUGAUUUAAGUGAUCUGAUUGACGAUUAUUCUGAUUAUAUCAAACCCACACAAACUGAUGCCAAUAGAUUAUUAUUAUUUCUGAUCUAUAACAAAUAUAAUGUUGAAUUAUUUAAUUUGAAAGUAAUGAUAUCGAUGAACACUAAGCGUAUAGAACAUUUAAUUAUAUUUAAGUCCAUUGUCUAUAAUUUAUUGGUCAGUUUCUCACACAAAAGUAAUUGUUCGAUUAUAGAUAUUGAACCGAAAUAUACAUUGAGUUUUUACCAAAAUAAUUGGUCGGAAACUGACGUUUGGUUUGAUACGAAGGAAAAUUGGCAAGCAUAUUCUGAAAGAAUUAAUUUGAAAAAUAUUUAUAAGUAUCAAGAUUAUUUAAAAGGUAUUAUGAAUAUUUUCACAAACGCAAUUACCCAAGUAAGUAAAAAAACAUUAUUUGUACGAUAUAAGUUGUAUUGGGAUGGAAUUCCAAAAACAUUUGAAGAAAUUCAAACAAAUUAUACAAAUUACAUAUUUGAUUUAGAGGACAUCGAAGACUAUCAAUUGUUUUUGAUAAAAUGGUUGAUCACCCCGGUGUAUAUAAUACUAUUUCAUAUUGUUAUUGAAAUUAUGAAUUCAAAAAAAGGACUGGAUAAAGAUUGUGUUGAGACUUUUUUUGUAUUAACAGUGAAACUUUCCGAUUUCACCGAAUUAUCCAUUAUAGAUUUGUUUCCAACAAUACACUUCGUUGACCUAAUUGCUUUAUUUAUUCGAACUGUCGAUGUGUUUCGUGGAAACGAAUACACUAGAAUUUCAAAUUUAAAAAUAUUUCUUUUAGAUGAAAUUUGUAGACUUGGUGUAUUAUUUAAUUUGGACGCAAAUUCGGAUGCAUACGAUGAAUUUGAUUCUAAUCGCAUAAACGAAUUUUGUUUAAAUUUAAGUAUUUCCGAAUCUAUAUUACAACUUACCACGUAUAUCGAAUAUCUUUUGAUUAAUCUUCAAUAUGAUAGAAAAUUUGUUAAUUUAAUUUAUAGCAUUAAUAAGAAAAAGAAAAAUGCUGAUAUAUUGAGUUGAAUCCUUAUCAUAGUCUCUAAAGAAUUUGAGUGAGGAGCUAGCAUCGCGUACAAACAGAGUCCAUACCAAUUUAACCAUCAAAUCCAUAAACGAUAUUUCUUAUAAGAACAAAAUAGCUGAUACAUCAAAUACUCAAUCUCAAGUUUGUUUUAUUCUCUACGUAAUCUAACAUAAUGUAAGUCUUAUAACCAAACUUAAUUUUUUCAAAAUACCGCUAUUAAUUUUAUAUUUACGUUAUUUUUAAUAAUCCUUAUAUUUGUGGGUAAAACCACUACAUACUUUUUAUUUUCAAAUGGCAACUUAAAUUAAAAAUUCCAUAAAUAGAUGAAAUAUUAGUUAAAAUACAUUUUAAUGUUGAAAUGUUUUCUUUUCCGUCAAUCCGUUGACAAGGUAUUCCACUUUUAAGUUUGGAUCUAGGGAGAGUAGUGGAAUAUUAUUAAAAAGCCACGCGCCGUGCUGUCACACAAAUUAUGUUCCACUACUCUUUCCCAAUCUAAACUUAGACGUGAAAUAUCUUGUCAACAGACUGACGGAAAUCAAACAUUUCAACACCAAAAUUCGUUUUAACUAAAACUCCAUCUAUUUAUGGAAUUUUUAAUAUACGUUGCCAUUUGAAAAUCAAAAUUAUGUAGUGGUUUUAGAUACAAAAAUAAGAGUGACUAAAAAUAACAUAAAAUUGUAGAGCUGCUUGUUUCUUAACAGUUCUAUAAAACAAAUUCCGAGAAAAGUUAACACUUUCCGAAAUAAUGAGUGUCUUAUGCUUGAUUUAUCACCCUGUAUGUUCUUAUGUCCGAGUUAUCAAUAGUGCACUUAAAUCCAGAAAUCUUAAAUUACAAUUGUUGUUAUUUCAAUAGUAUUAUUUAUUUUUUUUUAUCGAAAACUGAUUUCAUUAAUCAGGAUUUGGAGUUAGCCG